CUCAUUGUCUCGGCGGACAGCGGCAAUGCGAUCUCGAAUUCUUUAUUCUGUGAUAGUUCUCAUUUUCUCAACCGACGCCGACGCCCAGCCAACGGUCAGAAGCAAACUCGGAAAUGUUUACGGAGCCGUGGACAUCUCGACUGGAGUGCCUGUGGAAACCUUUCUCGGAAUUCCAUUCGCGAAACCACCGAUCGGCGAGCGGCGCUUUGCACGACCCCAUCCCUUCGGAGCAUUCGGAGAGCUCGACGCCACGAAGCACAGCCCCGUCUGUGUCCAAAGUAUUCACGCCCUCGGAGCAAACUCGAGCGAGGACUGUCUCUACCUGAAUGUAUUCCGAAAAGAGGGUCCUCUCUAUCAGACCGCUGAACUCCCGGUAAUCAUCGUCAUUCACGGAGGAGCCUUUGCUUCCGGCGGAGCGAGCACUUUCUCGUUCAGUGGGGUCCCACUCGCAGCGCACACGGGAGCCGUCGUCGUCACGAUACAGUACCGUCUGGGGAUCAUCGGCUUCGCUCAAAGCGAUACCAUCCCUGCUAAUCUUGGCUUGCAAGAUCAGCGGCUGGCGAUUCAAUGGGUUCACGACAAUAUCGCAUCUUACGGGGGCUCUCCGGAAAGGGUCACGUUGAUGGGGCCGAGCGCGGGAUCGAUGAGCAUCAGCAGCCACAUCAUGUCGCCGGAGCUGAGGGAUCGGAAUCUCUUCCAAUCCGUGAUCAUGGACGGGGGUGUCUUGGGUGGGAUUGUCGUCCCCAAGAGUGAAACCGUGAGGAGGUUGGUGCGCAUCAAUGCAAAACUCGGUUGUCCUCUGAGCGGCCAGCCGGCUCUCCGAUGCAUUCGGGACGUGAAGGUACAGGACCUGAUCGAGUAUUCGAUCGAAUCACCGAAAGCUGCGACAACUUUCAUUCCGACCGACGACGAGAGCGAUUAUCGACCCAAGAAUAAGGGUCCAGGACAAUUCGCGCCGGUCAGGAUGCUCAUCGGGACCGCUGAGAACGAAGGCGAGAUAUUCGUCAAAACGAGGAUCGACGAGAAGGCCGAGAUGCGAAAUUUCGAGGAUUUUCUCGUGUUGUGUCGAGAGUUGAGGGAUCUGUUUGACGUCAAGGUCGAUAUCGACAAUCCGGAUACCCGGGAACUAUUGAGGAAAUCGUAUUACGAGAAGCACGAAAAUUUCCGUAUUGCCGCCGCAGAGUUCGUCGGAGACAGCGUAUUCGUCUGCCCCGUGAACGAAUUCGUCGAACGAUUUUCGAAAUUCAACGGAGAAGUUUAUGUCUAUCGGUUCGACAGGCAGCUCGCUCAAACGUAUAAGAAGCUUCACCUGGACCCUCAAGGCGGUGCGAAACACUGGCAUCCGUACGUCCAUUUCUCGGGGAGUCUCCUGACCUUAGGUCCUUUUGCUCACUCAGCAGACGUGAAAUUUUCGCUCGAUUCACUGAAAAUGAUCUCUGAUUUUGUCGCGGGGAAGUCGCCCUCCUUCCGUGGUCUGCCAUGGCCGGCCUUCCCAGAAACUGGGGAAAUUCUAGUCUUCGAUGAAACUCCCUCGAGAAUUUACGGCCUGCCGAAGUUCGAGAACUGUCCAAAGCUGCUCUCUGCUGUCCCUCCCAAGAAGAUUGGGGGAGUGAAAGAAGAGCUGUAG